AUGGAAGAUGGAGAGGAAGAAGAAAAAAAGUUAAUGUUAUUUAAAUCCCUUCCAAUUUUCAGUCUUACACAUGAAUCGGGCGUUGUGGUAGGGGCUUUGAAGCGAUCUUUGAUUUUUUUUGUGCUGGCAACAACGGCGUUAGGAAGUAACUGGGAGGAGAGACAAAGAAGCGUUUACCGAGGCAUAAACGAAGAUUACAAGAAGCUUAGCAUGGAAUUUCUGAUUCUGAUCCCAAAAUUACUAAAUGACAUUUCAAUUAAAUAA